CAUAAGGUAUUUUUUUGGUCUGAUUACUCGGUCCAUUGUCUCUUGUUCAAAAUGAAUCCUCUUCGACGUGCCGCCACGAGGGUGGCUGUCUCGGCCUCUCGAGUUCCUUCGACCAAGAUCUCGGUGUUUGGAAUUGCCACACAGUUCGCUGCUGUUCCCUCAGCACGUAUCAUCGCUCCCAUCGCCGUGCGAUGCUUCUCGCAGACUCUUCGCGUCGCCGAGGAAGAAGGCGAAGGCGCUGCUGCUCCGGAGACGCCUGCUAAGGCUGGGGACCCCAAUGAGCCUGGACACGGACUGUUCAUCCGGAACAUGGUCUUCGAGGCCAACGAGGACCACCUGAGGGAGGCGUACGAGAAAUAUGGCGAGAUCACCAAGGUUGCCGUUGCACGCGAUUCUCGUGGUCUGAGCAGAGGAUACGGAUUCGUCUGGUUCACCACCCGCGAAGCCAUGGAGCAGGCUGUCGACGGUACCAACUCCUCUUUCUGGCACGGCCGCCGCAUCUCGGUCUCCCCUCGCUCCCCACGUACCAGAGAAAACAAGUCGAGCCGCAGUGUCGGCCCCACUAGAUCGCUGUACAUUGGCAACAUUCCUUAUGAGACGACCGACGCCGAGUUGAACCGCAUCUUCCGCGAGCUUAACAACGUGACGGAUGUUCGUGUUGCUGUUGACCGCACCACCGGAUGGCCCCGCGGAUUCGCUCACGCCGACUUCACCGAUGUCGAGGCCGCCACCGCGGCGAUGAAGCACCUCCAGGGCAUCACGAUUGGCGGCCGCGAGCUGAGGCUGGAUUAUGCUGCUGAUGUGUCCAAGAACCCGCUCGCGGGCCAGCAGCAAUCGUCAUGAGCAUAGCAGCAAGAUGUGGACAAGAAGGCAAAAGGGAUUGGGGAGCCAGGCUGUUGUUGUAGCGCUUUACCUGUGUCUACGAAGCGAGGAGGCGGAAGGGGCAAGGUCUUUCGCAGGUCUUUCAACACCUCAAUCCAGUCACCAGCAGUUGUGAGACGGAGAAGGGUGUUUCUCAGGAUGAGACAGGCCAAGGUGACAAGUAUGGACAGGGUUUGGUGUCUCGAGGGAGUCAUUUUUUUUCCGGGUCCACAAUGAUAUUCAUACAAAAAAUCGUACACGUUCGGACUGGAAGAUGUUAUUGCGCGCUUGAUUUUUAAUGCGGCACGUUAUGGCACUGUAACGUUGCUCAUGUAGUGUACGUGUUCUCGAGUUUCAAUGAAAAGUCUCCCCUUCUCA